CACGGCGCGCGGGUAAAGUAUUCAAACUAAUUCUCACAGCCUUCAUCCGGUGCUGCUCAUCUGCUGCUCUGCGUGCUGCUGUCACUUCGCCGCGGAGAACUUUGCGGUCCUCGCUUUUCCCUUUAGAGCCGUCAGGUUGCAAGUUGUGGAGGAAACUUUGGGGUGGUGGUAGAGGAGCUUUGGCAGCGCUGGAAUGGUCAUCCCUCCACUCUCAGAACAACAGUCCUGCUGAAGUCGGUGGAAACAGCAAAUUUAAGCAGCAGGAGGGGUUAGAUGAGAUGUCAGAGAAGCAGCCUCACCUUUAGCCCUGACCUGCUGCACCACUCCAGGUUUUCCACACUGAGCUGGUCUGCUCAGGCAGAGGAUUGUGUAAAGGACAGUCAAAAAGUGAGAAGGAGCAGGUGGGCAGAGCGGAGGAUGGAGGGGGUGGACGUGCCGCCCGAGGGCUACUCGCUGAUCAAAGCCGUGUACCAGCGGCGCCUGCGGCUCACCCGGCUGCUGAUCGACGGCGGGGCCUACGUCAACGAGAGCAACAGCCGCGGCGAGACCCCGCUGAUGAUCGCCUGCAUGACCAAGCACGCCGACCUGCAGAGCGCCAGCAAGGCCAGGAUGGUCAAGUACCUGCUGGACAACAAGGCCGACCCCAACAUCCAGGACAAGUCCGGCAAGACGGCGCUGAUGCACGCCUGCCUGGAGAAGGCGGGCCCCGAGGUGGUGUCGCUGCUGCUGCUGAGCGGGGCCGACCCCAGCCUGCCCGACCACGCCAACUGCUCCGCCCUGGUGUACGCCAUCAACGCCGCCGACAGGGACACCCUGGAGCUGCUGCUCAAGGCCUGCAAGGCUCGCGGCAAGGAGGUGAUCAUCAUCACCACCGACAGGUCCGCCUCGGGGAGGCAGAAAACAAAGCAGUACCUGAACGUGCCGCCUCCGGACCUGGAGGAGUGCAUUCCCCCGGCCGAUUGCACCUCCCCGUCAGAAAUAGAGCCGGACGAGGGCCCGGAGGACCCGUUCAGCUUUAAGGAGCUGUACGGUGGGCAGCAGGCGGACAGCUCCUCCGAAAGAGUGCCGCUGAUGACCAAGCCCAGCUCCACACCAGCACGGUUCAAGCUGACACAGGUGCUGCACUGCGAUCCCUGGCUGAAGUGCUGUCCGCCAGUGUUCCAGCAGAGGAAAAUGGCUUCUUCUCAAGAGCUUCAGGGCAGCAGUCCCAUGGAAGAGCUCUCCUGUAAAGCCUCUGGCCUUGACUUGUGCACGUGUGUCACCAGCAGUCACGACAGCAGAGACAGGAAAGACUCUGCUCAGGUGCAGAAAACCUCUGAUCAGACCUUGUCAAGGAAAGCAUUACGUGAUGCAAUAAACUAUCAGACUCAUUUCAUUGAAGAGAAACACAACCCCAGUGAGAUUCCCAUGGGCAUGGAUGCCAGUUUGGGACAAAUCAGCUUACUUUCCAACUUCGGCAGUAUUAUCAAGAAAGGAAGUGGAGAACCAAAUUACAACAUCUCCAGUUCUCAGAUAACUAACAGUCUAAUUCCUGCUGCUGACACAAAAGGCAGUAAGUCACCAAAAGCAAAUAGGGAGAUUCUCCCUACAUACCAGACUUUGUUACCAAGCAGAAGGGCUCCUCUGGAGGGGGAGGGCUCAGGAGCCUUAGCGCUGGAUCAGACCAGGCCAGGUUUCCUGCCGCCACUGAAUGCAAACCCCCGGCCCCCAGAACCCCAGAGACGGCGGCGUGCGGUGGGGCGGGUGGCAGCAGGAGCCGCCGGCAGUGUCUGCUGGCCCCAGCAGCCCCACGGCGAGCGAGCAGACGCGUCGGAGCUGCAGAGCUGUGCUGCGAGCUGGCAGCGGGCGCACACCCGCGGCUGGCGCUGGAGUCACGGCCGGGCAGCGCUGCCGGGAGCCCGCGUGUGCCACAAGCCAGCCCGGACCGCGCUGGCCCCGGGCACUGCACAGCGCGGGCUGCCCCAGCUGCAGCCCCUGGACUCCCUUCGGAAGAGCACGGGCGCGGCACAGCCUGCACCUGACCGGGCCCCGCUGCUCCCUGCAGCUCGGGAGGCCCCCAGAAAGAGACCCCCGGGCCAGGCUGGAGCAACCUGCCCCCAGUCGGAGCACUUCUCAGCGGGCUUCAGUCAAGGUCCACCAAAUCUGGCAUUGCCUAACAAAAGCCUGUAA